AUGGAUGUGGAUGAAGAUUAUCCGCGGCUUCCUGCCAUAAAUGCAAAGGAUUUGGUUGCUAUUAUCCCGGUGUUUGGAGAAAAAGGUGAAAACUACAUUACAGCAAAGGAUUGGGUGAAGAAAAUUGAGUCAAUGAAAGUCGCCUAUGGAUGGGAUUCGAGAAUGACUAUGAUUUACGCUGCGAUGCGUCUCCGGGGUGCAGCGACCUUUUGGUAUGAGACUGCACAAGAAAAUUUGGCAACUUGGGAAGAUUUUAAAACGGAAAUUGUUGGAAAUUUUCCUGACACUGUGUCGGCAAAAGAAGUACACGACAUCCUCAAAAAUCGCAAGAAGAAGGCAGAUGAAGACAUCGAAAUGUAUUUUCACAAGACAGUGGCGAUUGCAAAGAGAGCAAGAUUUGAUGAUAAGACUAUUAUGGAAUAUGUGAUUGGAGGUUUGCCGAAUGAGUCGGAGAAAGCAGCAGUACGAUCAAAAGCGUCAAAUACCUUGAAAGAGCUUCUGAAAAAUAUUGUGAUUGUGUGUGAUUUUGAAAAGCUUGAAGAGAAGAAAGAAGCUGAAAAGGAUAAGGAGCCUAAACAAGAAGAAAAGCCAAGUGAAAGCCCAAAGAGACGACAUGAAUCGCACUACAAGCGCUCAAAUUAUCACAGAGGUGGUCAUCGAGGAAGCUACAGAGGAAAAUGGAAUAGAUGGGGCUACUGGAAGAGAAGGUCAAACGAUUAUACAGAUGAAAGGCAUAAUGCUGAAAAAGAAGAAAUGAAGAAAGAGGAUGAAAAGUCCAAAGGAUCAAGUGACAAAGAUUAUCAUAAGAAGAAAACAAUAAAAAGAUGUUGGCGUUGUAAAUCUGAGUCACAUUUGGCAUACCAGUGCAAGGAUUUUCGGCAAAGGGUGGCAGCACAACUCGCCACCCAUCAAAAAAAUAAAGAGUUGUAUAAACAUGCUGAGAUAGACGGAGAGAAGUUUGAGGCUUUUGUAGAUCUCGGGAGCGAAGUAACAAUUAUGUGCAAAGAUGAAGCUGAAAAGUUAAAGGGAGAGUUAGAUUCCACAUCCAUUAAGCUGCACGGUUUCACUGGACAAGAUUGUAAGACAUUGGGAUCAAUGAAGAAAAAUGUGAAGAUUGAAGGUUUUGAAAAGGAGGUUAACAUACAUGUCGUGGAGGAAGAAUUGCAUCCAACAGGGACGAUCGUGGGUUUGGAUUUCUUUAAUGAUCCUCAGGUGAUUGUCAUUAAGAAGUGGAAAGGCCUUGAAAUUAUUAAGCAGGAUGCUCCAGAAUAUAAAGUACUCAGAGUAGAAGUGAAAAAUUCAGGAUAUCGCAAACCUAUCGAGGAAGAAAAUUUGAUAAUUGGACAGAAUGUUUCAAAAGAUAUCAAACAGGACCUAAUACAAUUACUGAAUGAGUAUCGAGACGUUUUUGCAAGCAAUUUACAGGAGUUGGGCAAGACUGGACUAGAGAAAAUGCAGAUUGUAUUGAAAGAAAAUAAAAUAGUGACAUACAGACCUUAUCGAGUAGCUGAAGGACACAAAGCUGAGUUGAGGAAGAUAAUACAGGAAUUGCUUGACAACAAGAUAAUCCAGAAGUCAAAUUCGCCAUACGCCAGCCCAGUUAUACUCAUUCCAAAGAAGACAGGUGGUCUCCGAAUGUGUGUCGAUUUUCGGAAAGUGAAUCAAAUCACGCAAAGAGAAAAUUUCCCAACACCCAAUCUAGAAGAAGAACUUAACAGUUUUGCUGGCAAGAACAUAUUUACGAAGUUGGAUUUAUUAUCAGGAUACUACCAAAUAGAAGUAGAUGAAAGUUCCAGGCAAUUUUUGGCAUUCAUUACUCCUGAUGGGAAGUAUGAAUUCUUGAGAGUACCAUUUGGUAGCACAAAUUCACCAGCAAUUUUUAUGAGGACGAUAUCUCAAGUCUUGGAGCCUUUGGGCAAGGAUAAUAUUUCCUUUUUUAUGGAUGACAUUAUCAUUGCCACGGAAGACGAGACAUCAGGCAUAGAAAUGUUAGAGAAAGUGCUGACAGAGCUGAGGAAAGCGAAUUUGACCUUAAACACAGAAAAGUGUGAGUACUUGAUGAGUUCAACUACAUAUUUGGGUCACAAGAUUUCCAGUCAAGGAGUUGCUCCGGCAGACAGAAAUACUGAAGCAAUCAAGACUUUCCCAACCCCAACAACACAAAAGCAGGUGAAAAGAUUUCUGGGGAUGACAGGAUUCUUUAGAAGAGAGGAAGCGUUGGAGGCAGAAAAUGAUGUGUCAGAAGUGAGGAGCAAAGCUAUGGAGAGGAUGAACAAACUUAGAGAGAAACAAAAUGUAAAAGUUAACGCAAAGAAAUUGAGGCCCACAAAAUAUGAUGUAAACGAUUUAGUUUUAGUGAGGUAUGAUCCACCAGCCACAGGAGGGUCUAGGAAAAUGAUGGUUAGGUAUAGAGGGCCGUAUGUUGUUAAGAAGAUUUUGGGCUCAGACAGAUAUGUAGUAGGUGAUACACCAGCAACACAAAUCACUCAAAAGCCAUUUGAAUCUGUGUAUGCUGCAGAAAAUAUGAAGAAGUUUAUUGAUCCAGAUGAUUCAAUUUGGGAAUUAGAAUUAAAUGAUGAUGAGUAA